UAUCCGUUAUAGAUGUGUUCGAUUUAACUAAUCCUACAACUUGGAGGGAAUUUGAUGAAUAUUACGGUGCUAUCGAUAAAAAUUGGAAAAUAUGUAUUAACUGUGGUAUGCCCGGCUUGGGUACUGGGAUCCAUUUAGAACAUACGGGAGCGUCUGGAUCUAUGCAACCAGCUAUCAUUCCGACUGAGUAUUUACUUACAAGAUUGGAAGUAAUAGACGUGAGCUACAUUGCCAAAAUGGAGCUUGAUCUAACACUGAGCCUAGAUGUUGCAUUACAAUGGCCUAUUUUAAAACAUGAUCCUAGAGAACCCACGCUGAUUCUCUUCAAGUUUGGAUGGACGGAUACGAACCUAAAACGAAAAUGUGUUUGUAAAAUUCCUGGUCUAAGUUACGAGUUAGCGGAAUGGAUAGCAGCGAACUUAAGCCACGUCGUCGGUGUAGCCACAGACGCCCCGACUUUGGAGUCAGACCAAACCAGGGAAAUGACGUCACGAACAGUCUCCAACGUGCUGGGGAAAAGCGGCGUCUACAUGAUCGAGAAUGUGAACCUACGAAGGCGCCUACCUGAACGUGGUUGCAUGGCAAUAAUUAUGCCACUGAAGAUGCUGGGGACCAGCUACGUGCCGACGCGUCUGACUGCACUGUGUCCGACACACAGCGACGGAUUCGUCAACAUCGCCCUCAGGAAAACAUCCCACACACAGACCGGCAGCCGCGUCAAUGAAGUCGAUUUGGAUGAAAUAAUGAAUUAA